GAAUCAAAAACAAAAUUGCUUUCAUCGAUCGUUAAAACCUAAGAAAUGGAUCCAAAAUCGCCGGAAUUUAUCAUUGAUCCGCCGCUGAAAAUCUUAGGAUUUGUAUUCGAAGAGCUCUCCGCCACCAGAGUCGCCGGCCAUCUCACCGUAACUGAAAAAUGUUGCCAGCCAUUCAAAGUCUUGCACGGCGGCGUUUCGGCUCUGAUCGCUGAGGGACUCGCCAGUCUCGGCGCCGGAAUCGCCUCUGGUUAUAAACGCGUCGCCGGAAUCCAUCUCUCAAUUCACCACCUCCGACCUGCUGCUCUCGGCGAUAUCGUCUUCGCCGAAUCUUUUCCAGUUUCCGUCGGCAAAAAUAUUCAGGUGUGGGAGGUCCGGUUAUGGAAAAUCAAGAAAACCGAGAAACCGGAGAACAAGAAAAUGGUAUCAACAUCGCGGGUUACUCUCUUCUGCGGUUUACCUAUACCGGACCAUGUAAAAGAUGCUCCGGACGAGCUGAAGAAAGUUAUAUCCAAGUUGUGAUUCAAAUUGUAUCUCUCUUGUUGUUGGGAAUAAGAACAGUUUUAGUUUGGUUUUAUUGUAUGAUCUACCAAACGAUUAAAUAAACUGAUGUAUCAGCC